CAAUUUUGAUAUUUAUGAACAGACUGGGUUCCUGUCUACGUAAGCUAAAUCCCUAAGCAGUGGAACUAGUUUAGGGCCCCGGCUGCGCAAAUGGCGCGAGAACCAGCAAUGAAGAGAAAACAGCCUGGACAAAGAUCUUCUAAAGGAAGGAAAUGUGCUCCUUUGAGUGGUCGGUCACAGAAGAAUUGCAUGGAUGUGGAGGUUCCUGGUGGUGAUGAUCAGUUUUUGUAUUGUGAGGACUGCCACAAAGAGUAUGAUGGGGACUGUUCAGUACAUGGACCUCUUCUCAUGGUCACAGACACAAAGGAAAAACGAGGAAGAGUAGGCAGGGCAUGGAAGACAUUGCCUGUUGGUCUGGAGAUUGAAGAAUCCGGUAUCCCAGGCGCUGGUCUUGGAGUUUGGGCAUCUCAGGACUUUGUUGCACGCACCUGCUUUGGGCCGUAUGAAGGAAAUAUCAUCCAGAAUAAAAACGUUGUUCAUGGAUCAGGAUACACUUGGCAAAUAUGUGCAGAUGGACAACCUUCCCACUUUGUAGAUGGCCAACACUGCAACACAGCCAACUGGAUGCGAUAUGUCAACUGUGCUCGAACAGAGGAAGAACAGAAUCUGACAGCAUUUCAAUACAAUGGACAUAUCUACUACAGAGCAUACAAGAAGAUUGAUUUUGGUUCUGAGCUGCUUGUUUGGUAUGGACACAAGUAUGCAAGAGACCUUGGUAUCGAGAGACAACUAAAAUUACCUAAAGGUUAUUUAAAAGGAAUGUACCCAUGUGACAGUUGUGACCUGGGGUUCUCAUCUUUGGUGUUCCUGUGGAAACAUCUGAAGAAGAUACACGGAGGAAAACUGACAGCUCAGUUGAGGUUCAUAGUGAACACUCAAGGCUACUGCAUUCGUGACUUGAUUAAACGCCUAGAAAGCCUGGCACUAGAAAACAACCACCUCCCUUUGAAAGACCCAAACCGUGGAGUUGAGGAAGCAGUGAUAAGAAGUGAUCCCAAGAGAGACAACAUUCAGUGUGAGAGUGGAGGCCAGCUCUAUCAAUGUUGUAAGUGUGGGGAAGUUUUAGAAACAUCAAGCGACCAGAGAAGUGGCAUCCAGUGUCCCUGUGGGGUGAAGCAUCAUCAGUGCAGCCAGUGUGGGAGAGUGUUUACGAGAGUCAGCAGCCUGCGGCGACACAUGAUACGUCACACCGGAGUCAAACCCUAUCAAUGUGAUGACUGUGGGAAAGAAUUUACGAGAGCAGGCACCUUGCAGACACACAUCCAGGGUCACAAUGGAGUUCGGCCUUAUGAAUGUAGGAAGUGUGGGAAAACCUUUGCACGUUCGCAGAACCUGCACAAUCACAUGAGAUGUCACAACGGAGUCAAGCCUUACCUGUGUAGUAAGUGUGGGAAAACAUUUUCACAAUCAGGGGACCUGCGGAAACACAUGAGAUGUCACAGUGGAGACAAGCCUUAUCCUUGUCGUGAAUGUGAGAAAGCAUUCACAUCGUCAGGUAACUUGGAUGCUCACAUGCGGUGUCACACUGGAGUGAAGCCUUAUAAGUGUACGGAGUGUGGGAAAGCCUUUACACAAUCAGGGAACCUGCAGACACAUAUGAAAUGUCACCAUGGGUACGGCGGAGACACGAGUGCGACAAGCGUCGAGUCCCACCAGUGUAGUGUGUGUGGGUUAACCGUUAAAACAUCAGGCAGCCUGCGGACGCACAUGAUGCGUCACAGAGGUGAAAGGCCUUAUGAGUGUGCUGUGUGUGAUAGGGCCUUCACAGAAUCAGGUACUUUGAGUAGACAUAUGAGGUGCCAUAGUGGCGCCAAGCCAUAUAAGUGUAGUCAAUGUGGAAUGACAUUUACACAAUCUGGUAGUCGACAGAGACACAUGAAAAUUCACAGUAGAGUCGAGCCGUAUCAGAGUAGUACAUGUGAGACAGUUACCCAAUCAAAUCAACAGCAGAGGGCCAAAAGGAGGACCAAUAAGGACAAGCCUAGUCUGAGUCAAGAGUCUGGGAAAGCAUUCACAGAAUCAGCUGGUCUCAAUACUCGAGUGAAAAGACAUGUUAUGGCUAAGCCUUAUCAGUGUGGUGUGUGCUUGAAAUCAUUUACAAAGUCAAGUGUCCUGCAGGAACAUGUGACUUGUCACAGUGGAGUUAAGUCAUAUCAAUGUGGUAAGUGUGGGAAAGCCUUCACAGGGAUUGGACUCCUUAAGAAACACCUGCUAUGUCACAGGCGUCUGUAGUAUUCUAAUGUAAUCACUUCUAACAACCUGGGUUUUUCUAGGGUUUCACCAAAGUAGAAAAUAUAUUGACUUUCCACUGACAUGAGGGGUCAUAAUUUGGUGUGCAGAGUUGUGGCCCUUGUGCAAGCCAGGAACCUAUGAUAGAGAGUUAAUGGAUGUCAUUGUCCACUUCAUUAUUCAGAGGAACAUGGGUGAAUAUCUCACUUGGGACACAAAACACUGCCUACAGUUGAAAAAUAACAGAAUGUUUCCGUAUUUUAUACAAGUUGCAAGAACAUUGCUUGCUAUCAAAUUCUUCCUAUUGUGUAGUUAGCAGAGCUGGAUAUAAAAGAAUUUGUAUGUAUGCUAGAUUUAA